AUGGAGGCUGCCAGAGCGGCUGUUGAGGAUGCUCACAGGCAGCAUAUGGAGGCCCUCCGUCAACUGGAGGAAAACAGGGUAGCUGCCCCUGCUUUUGGCCCGGAGCCACGAGCUACAGUUAGGGAGUGGAUUCUGGAGGACUUUCUGAAACACCACCCGGUGAAGUUUGGAGGCAAGACCAGUCUGGACGCAGUAGACCAGUGGUUGAAAGACCUAGAGAGGAUAUUCGAUGCUAAGAUGUGCCCACAGGAGAGUAGAGUGGCUUCCGUGGUGUAUAUGCUCACGGGUGAGGCUAAGCACUGGUGGGUCUGUAUGAAGUCCAUGAUGGAGGAGAGGCAGGAGGCACUAACUCAGGGGAACAGAUCUGUGACUGAGUAUGCGGAAAACUUCAAGCAUCUCAGCCGCUUCUACACCAUGCCACUGGAUGAAAAGUGGCGAUGCAGGAAGUUCGAGAACGACAUUCGUGGUGAUCUUCGUCUGAUGGUGGCCCCAUUAUCCAUCAAGGACUUUGCAGCCUUGGUGGAGAAGGCUAGGGUCAUGGAGAAGAUGAACGUGGAGGUGGAGACUCAACGCCCACACCAGCAGAGCGUGGGAGGACCAUCGGGAUCUAGGCACAAGCACGAAGAGAGGAGGAAACCCUACUCUAGGCCCCAUUUCCAGUCUCAAGGGUCUAGGGAGUCUUCUCCCCAGCAGAGCAGGAUUCGGUGCUACCAGUGUGGGGAACCACACAAGAGGAAUGUUUGCCCACAGCUUGCAGGCUUCAAGAAGUGCAACAACUGUGGCAAGGAAGGUCACUUUGGGAGGGACUGCCCCACCCUUGCUAGAGCAGUGAUGCGACCUGUAGUACAGGCUCUUGCACAGAACCAGCAGAGGCAUAGAGGCAACAGGCCUCAGGCGACCGACAGAGUGUACGCCAUGACCGGAGCGGAGGCUGCAGGCUCAGAUGCUUGUGUGAAAAAGUUGGGUCUGCCGGUGUGUGAGCUGCAGUGUGAACUUGUAGUGUAUACUCCGGCAUCGAAUUGUCGAGAGAAAAUAUUGUUGUUUCCCGACUCAGAGGAGCCUGAGUUGUUAUCAUUCCAGGGAGUGGUGAGGGAGAUUCAGAGGAGGGCGCAAUGCUUCAUCAUUUUCACUCAUCUCGAGGUGGAGAAGGGGGAAGAGACAUUAAUCAUACCAGUAGUACACGAGUUCGAGGAUAUAUUCCCAGAGGAGGUGCCAGGGUUGCCUCCCAAUAGAGAGGUGGAAUUCUCUAUCGACCUGGUACCAGAAUCGGGCCAAUGUCGAUGGCUCCGGCAGAGUUGGUGGAACUCAAGAAGCAGAUAG